UAUCUUUGGGUGUCAUUCUAGGUGUUAGCAUUAGCAUGGGUAUAGUUUUUCUUGUUACAUCGAGCUAUGGAUUGUAUAGACUUAUAAAAAAAACAAAAGACAAAAUACGAAGAAAGAAGUUUUUCAAACGCAAUGGUGGUCUCCUUUUAAAACAACAAGAAGAGGCUCAACCGUCUUUAGUAGAAAAAACUAUACUUUUCACAUCACGUGAAUUAGACAAGGCUACUGACAACUUCAAUGAGGAUAGAAUUCUAGGUCGAGGAGGCCAAGGUACUGUUUACAAGGGUAUGUUAGUGGAUGGAAGGAUUGUGGCGGUGAAGAAAUCAAAAAUAGUUGAUGAAAGCCAGUUAGAGCAGUUUAUCAACGAGGUCGUCAUUCUUUCACAAGUCAAUCAUAGGAAUGUGGUUAAGCUAUUGGGAUGUUGCUUAGAGACAGACGUUCCUAUGCUAGUUUCUGAAUUCAUUCCAAAUGGUACUUUGUAUGAACAUCUUCAUAAUGAGACAAUGGAGUUUCCAGUUUCUUUAAACAUGAGAUUACAAAUAGCUACCGAGAUUGCGGGGGCACUUGCAUACUUGCAUUCAGCAACUUCCGUUCCAAUAUAUCAUAGAGACAUCAAAACUACUAACAUACUUUUGGAUGAUAAAUAUAGGGCUAAAGUUUCAGAUUUUGGAACUUCAAGGUUCGUAUCAAUAGAUCAAACUCAUUUGACUACCUUAGUCAAAGGUACAUUCGGCUACUUGGAUCCUGAAUAUUUCCAGUCUAGCCAAUUUACCGAGAAAAGUGACGUUUACAGCUUUGGAGUCGUUUUGCUUGAACUUUUAACUGGAGAAAGGCCGAUCUCGCUUACUAGAUUCGGAGAACACAGAAGUCUCACUACGUACUUUAUGUUAGCUAUGAAAGAGGGGCGUGUUAUGUCUACUUUUGAUGCAACGGUGAUUAGAGAGGGUACUAGAGAUGAGCUUCUUUCGGCAGCUAACCUUGCAAUGCGAUGCUUGAAUCUGAAUGGAAAAAGUAGACCAACAAUGAAAGAAGUAGCCAUGGAUCUCGAAACCAUACGAACAUCGCAUAUACCAUCUACGAUUCAAACCAAUAACAUACCGGCCGUCAUAUGUGGGGAGGAAUUAUCAAUGCAAUCAUUUGGUGUAUCAACAUCAACAUUCUUGAGUUUCGAUGAUAGUAUUAGUCAAUGAUGCAAAGUGCAAUACGGUUGGAAUUUAAGUAUAAGUGAUUCAAGGGCGCCUGCAGAUUGAAUCAGAACGAUACAAGGAGAAUCUGCUCCAGGAUCCGACAUCUUUUGUUAAUAAGUCCAUGCAUCUAGGCAAAGCAGUAAAGGCCUUGGCUAAUUUUCCUAAUCUUUCUAUACAGUAUAUACCAAUUCUCAUAAAUUUCUACUAGAUCAUCUAGUUUCGUAGAGUUUAUACAUAUU